GGGCGCUUUCCCCGAGAGAAAACCCGGAAGAAAAUCACUUCCGGUGAAUGAGCUACGUCACUUCCUCUCAAGUUCGUUCGGGGUUUGGGUUCUUGGUACCCACGCGGGUUCAACAUGCGUAUCGAGAAGUGUUAUUUCUGUUCGGGGCCCAUCUACCCCGGCCACGGCAUGAUGUUCGUCCGCAACGACUGCAAGGUAUUCAGAUUCUGUAAAUCCAAGUGUCAUAAAAACUUUAAAAAGAAGCGCAAUCCUAGAAAAGUUAGGUGGACGAAAGCAUUCCGGAAAGCAGCUGGUAAAGAGCUUACAGUGGAUAAUUCAUUUGAAUUUGAAAAACGUAGAAAUGAACCUGUCAAAUACCAGCGAGAGCUGUGGAAUAAAACUAUUGAUGCAAUGAAGAGAGUUGAAGAGAUCAAACAGAAACGCCAAGCUAAAUUUAUAAUGAACAGGUUAAAGAAAAAUAAAGAACUACAGAAAGUUCAGGACAUCAAAGAAGUCAAGCAAAACAUCCAUCUUAUCCGAGCCCCUCUUGCAGGUAAAGGAAAGCAGCUGGAAGAAAAAAUGGUGCAGAAAUUACAAGAAGAUGUGGACAUGGAAGAUGCUUCUUAAAAACCUUACUGAAGCAUUUUUCAAAAGUGCAUUUGAAAACCUCCUUUGGAGACUUAGAAUUUCUAAAUUAUUGAUUUAUUUUUUAUGGUCACUCAACUGAAAGGUGAUUAAAAAUACAUCUACAUUGCUAUCUGGAAAACAUCAGUUGUGAAUUCUAUACUCAUCUCACUGUUAAUCCUUCUCUGAUAAAUAUUCUCAUGUAAUUAUGAAAAUUCAGUUUGAGAUUACAGAAGUGAAUUGUGGGUGGACAUGCCAUUUGUAUAACAGCACUAGCAGCAUUUGUGUAAUAAUUGAUGACAGAAAUUUCAUGGCUAGUGAUGUACAAAAAUAAAAUUUUCUUGGCAGUAAAACAUUCCCUUUAUUAAUGUUAUAGAAGGGAGGAUACAAUAAGGAAGUAAUAAUCUGUAUGAAAAUUAGCCACAGGUAAUAUCUCUAGAUUUUGAUAUAUUUUUGGUUUAUUAUUAGGAGAAGCUUAAGUAUGUUGGGCUGUUUUGACCUAGUUAAACUGUUCUGGUAGGCAGUGUGAAUGUUUGGGGUGAGAGCUGAAUACUCUUUUCUUGUAAUGGCAUGAUACUCUUAUAACUUCCACUUGAACGAAUACUCAUUUCUAACUUGAGAUUCCUUGUAGCACAAACUUAAUUUUUUCAGUUUAGCAAUAAUUCAGAAGCAGAGGAGUCCAUUGCCUUUAAAAGUUCCUUUGGUUUUCUUUUAAAUAAUACCUAAUUGUUUUUGGAAAAUCAAACUUGUGGGUAGAGCAUCUAUACAUUAUUUGCAUAUAAACUUUUCUAAUCCACGGGCCUAUAUAUUAUUUAAAGAUACUAAGCAAGUGUCUGACUUAUCAGUUACAUGGAAGAAAAAUAACUUCCCUUACACAUACUAAUGUGGCAGGAGCUGUAUUUAAAGAAAAUAUACUUCAUGUUUCUACAGACAGCCCCCAACUUUUUAUGUACUUAACAAUUAUUUGACUUUAUGGUGGUUUCAGCUAUACAAUGAUUCAGUAGAAGCUGUGCACUUUGAAGUUUUGAAUUUUGAUCUUUUCCCAGGCUAGUGAUAUGCUGUACAAUACUCUGUUUAUUCUGGGCAGUGGCAACAAGAUGCAAGUUGCAGUUAGCCAUGUAGUAAGGUGGGUAAACAAUAGAUAUAUAAGGUUCACUAUGUUGCUAGAAAUGGGACAAUAAAUUUAGGAGGGUAAACAGAAUAAAGAGCUUUGCAAUUUAAAGAAAAGGAAUUAUGCAAGGCUUAUCUAUAGAUGCAUCCAAAACGACUUUGCAAGGCUGUCUUCCACCUCCCAGACCACCAGAGAUUCCUAUUUUCUGGGAGACAUAGGCAAAACAUAAUUCUUGGAUCUUUUCUUAAUUAGCAUACCAUUUGGGCACAGACUAAGGCAACCUGUCUUUAGUCCAGUAUUUUCCACCUAAUGAUAUUUCAACAUACGAUGCAUUUAUCAGGCCAUAAAUCCAUUAGAUGUCAAGGAAGAUAUAUAUUUUUACAUUUAAUCAUUUUAAAUAAGUAACUCAGUUUUCAUAUUUUUUUUUUGGAUGGAAUUUGGAAUUACAGAUUCUUUAGACCAUAUAAAGUAAUGGUUAAAUUUUUAUUUCGGUAUUAGAUACUAAAAAAGUGAAUUGCUCAUUGGGUUGUUCCAAGACCUGUAUUCCAGUGUAUGCCUUUUCAUUCUUAUUUGUAGAGUAAGACUCACGUGAAAACAGUAUUGAUGUAAUAAUUAGGGGGAAUAAUAUAUGUAAUCGAAGAUAUGUAAAAUUUCUUGACUUUUUAUUACAGACUUUAUUCAUGUUUGUUCAAGUUUGGUGAAUUAAUGUUUAAAUUUUAAACACAUUUAAAGGUACAUACGAUUAGGAGGUAAGUUUUCUGCUAUGCUUUUGUAUUGAGUGAUUAAUUUUGGGGAAAAUAGAGCAAUUUGAAAUGAAGAACUGAAAUUGCAGCUCACGUUUAACAUCCAGGAAGUUCUCUUAACUGUCCGGAUUUCAUAGUAUUGUGAGACCCCAGAUCUCAUAAACUGUGAACACAAAUACCACUUUUAUCCCCCACAACUCUAAACUUAAUUGUAUCACCAAGUUGAGUUGUCCUUUAUUGAAAUCUUUGUACCAUCCCUAGAGGUGGCAUGGUACAAUGCUUUAGAUUACUGUUGUUUCAGUUUAUCUGGUUGAGAUCUCUACUGGACAGUUAUAACACAAAAAUAUAAAACUGUCCAAACACUCUCUACCUAAAUUCUUAUAUUUGUAGUUUAAGGACAGUGUAAGGUUUGAAAGUCACAUUUUUAUAAAACCUUGUAAAAGUGCCUACAAAAUCCCCAUUUCUUUCUUUCUUUUUUUUUUAAAGAUUUAUUUAUCUAUUUAUACAAGCACUGGGUACAGUCAGAAGCGCGGGAGGGUGAGUGGAUUCACCAGAGCCAGAGUGGGGAGCAGAACAGGCAGACCGACGAAAUACACUCCUGAGGGGAGCAGCGGGCACGGCAGGAGAGAUGUGUGCUCCAUGUGGGACCCUCGCCAGCAGCUGGGGAUCAAACCAGUGCUGCAGCGGCUGUGGGCAGCUUCGCCACCCAGCACUCAACUGUUGCGCCACAGGGGAGGCCCCAAAAUCCCCAUUUCUUAAAAAUAGAAAUCUUAGCAAGAUGUUUUAUUUUGUAGAAAGGAGUUUGAGAAGGACUGGCCUAUUUUACAAUAUCUCAUUUUAUAGAUAGGAAAAUUUUAGGUUUUUGGUAACUUACUCUUUGUCACACAUCUAGAAGAUGGAGAGAUUUAUGUUCUUUCAAGUUUGUCUACAAAAUUUCCAUACAUUUACAUACCAUUAGAAGAGAUUUACCCAGCGCCACACAGAUCCUGUCUUCAAAAGUCCAGAUGAUUGCAAGUUACUUUAGUGACCCUCAACCUCUGACUUGCUCUCUUCAUCUGAAAAAUGGAGAUAAUAUGACCAACUCUGUAUUUUUUGUAAGUCACUCAGUACAUGUAAAAUAGUCAUUUCAAGGCUACCACCUAGUAGGAUUGGCUGUGUGACAACAUAAAACCCAGCAAUGAAUUUUUGAAUUGGGAGAAAAGUGGAGAGCUUUAGGGUUUGGGGAUAGCUGUGGCUGAAUUGAGGUAGUGUACUUACUCCACAAAGACAAGGGGGUAUUCAUAUUUUAAACAUUAAUUUUACCCUUUCAGUUGGCAGGAAAAUUCACUUAUUGUGGAGAGUAUCUCAUUCCCUAAAUAUUAUUUGUGGUGAACUCUGGGCGGGGGAAGAUAUUUCUGGGUAGUCAGGUAAUAGUUUAGAAAAUGAAUUGUUUAAAAUUUUAAGGGAUAAUUUACAUGCUAUAAAGGAAGUUUAUUUUUUCCCCUUAUUUUCUAGCUUACAUUUCAAUGGAGAUUUGGAUAAAGAUACUUUGAUCAGGGCCUUCCCGGUGGCGCAGCGGUUGAGCACUGGGUUGUGAAGCUCCCUGCAGCCUCUGCGGCUCUGGUUCGAUCCCCGGCUGCUCCCCGGCCACUGGAGGAGGGUCCCACAUGGCGCAUAGACCUCUCCUGCCGCCUGCUGCUCCCCUCAGCAGUGUAC